AUGUUUGACAAGUUAAAGAUCAAAUCAAAGGCCAAUUCUGUUGCCAGCAGCAGUGCACCAUUGACUCCAGGUAAACCUUCUCGUGAAGAUAUCUAUAGAAAUCGUCAAAACUAUGGAGUUAAUUUAGGGGGGUGUUUUGUCUUGGAGAAAUGGCUAUUCCAUUCAAUAUUCCCUGAAGGAGCCAACUGUGAAGCUGAAGCCGUUGCCAAAUUGGUCGAGGAAAAUGGUGAAGAUGAAGCCAGAACAAGAUUGGAAACCCAUUGGACAAACUUCAUGAGUGAUGAUGAUUGGCAAUGGUUGGAAGAUCAUGGUGUCAACUCGGUACGGAUCCCCAUUGGAUACUGGGAGAUUGAUGGAGGUAGAUUCACCAAACACACCAAGUUUGAACCAUUUGGUCAUCGGGUUUAUGCCAAUGCUUGGAGCAUAUUCAAGAAACUGUUUGUGGAAAAAGCUGGUGAACAUGGAAUCUCUGUGUUGGUUGAUUUACAUGGCCUUCCAGGAGGUGCCAAUGGAUCAGAUCAUAGUGGGGAACACGGUGGCGAUGGUAAGGCAGAAUUCUGGCAUUCUUCAGAGUUACAACUUUUGAUUUGUGAAGGUCUUAAGUUUAUAGUUAAGGAUUUAUUGGACUAUGAAAACAUUUGUGGGAUUCAAAUUGUUAAUGAAAGUGAAUUUGCUGAUAACCCCAAGCAUCAAAAGGUUUAUUAUGGAGCAGCCAUUAAUCUGAUUCGAGAAAUCGAUGGGAAUAUUCCAAUUAUAAUUUCUGAUGGUUGGUGGCCAAACCAAUGGGCUGAAUGGGUUCAAGAGCUUCAAAAUCAUAAUAAUAUUUUGGGUGUGGUUAUUGACCAUCACGUGUAUAGAUGUUUCUCUGAUUCUGAUAAGAAUAAGAGUCCUCAACAAAUUAUUGAUCAAUUACCAGCGGAUGUUUUAACCAAUAUUUCCAAGAAUGGCCAUGGAGUGGAUUUCAUGGUGGGGGAAUGGUCUUGUGUUUUGGAUCAAAGUACUUGGGAUAAAGCUGAAGGUGGUGCCAACCAUAAAAGAGAUGAAUUGGUCAUUGAAUAUGGCAAUCGGCAGUUAAACCAGUUUAUGGAAAGAGCUUCUUAUGGUAGUUACUUUUGGACUUUUAAAUUUGAAUCAGGUAAUGGUGGAGAAUGGGAUUUAAAGACCAUGACUGAUAAGGGGGCCAUUAAGAGUCCUUUACCCAAUCGGGGGGUCCAAGUUCCAGAUGGUAAUAGUUAUGAAAGAGCAAAGGAAGAUGCCAAUAACCAACAGAAACAGUCGGUUGAUAAAAAUUAUGAUUGGAAUCGGUUCAAUGAUGGGUUUACUAUGGCUUGGAAAGAUAGCGAAGAAUUUCUUCGGUUUAAUGGAUCUUUAAUUGGUAGAAUUGAAGCUACAAAGGAAGAAAGAUUAAGAGAAAAUUCAACUGAAAGGGGUACUCCUAAACGUCCUGAUGAAUUUGAAUCUGGUUAUUUGGCUGGCUUAUUUCAAUUCAGAUCAAUAGUAUAA